CUACAAUAAUGUAUUCCACACAUGUCUAUAAUAAAUUAGAAGUAAAUGAAACUAACCUAAUUGUCAGUGUUUUAUCAUUAUUAUAAAUUUAACAAGAUAAUUUCGAUAUUUUUAUUGAAAUUUCAAUCAUGUUUAGGAGUAAAUUUGGAUCGAAUUCGGUAAAAAAUUGGCACACUUAUAUCAGGAGCAUUGUCUAUGGCCAAAGAGUAAGGCCGCACCUACAUGAAGUCAAGGAAUCUGUAGAACCCUGCGAAGACCCCUGUCUAGAACCCUCCAAGAAGACCUACAUCCCGGACAUGUGCGCCUUGGACCCUGGCUGCGCGCAGCCUAAGGUGGUCAUCGUUGGGGCAGGUCUGGCGGGACUCUCUGCUGCGCACAGGCUCAUCUCUUGCGGGAUCAAGAGGGUCGUUGUUUUGGAAGCGCAAGACAGGCCUGGAGGAAGAAUCCGGACUAAGAUGUUCGGGGACUCUUCGGUGGAUCUCGGGGCCUGCGGGAUCAGGGGAGCUUGUUCGGCCAACCCGGCCUUCAACUUGGCCUGCAUAGACGAGGCCAUACCCUUCCCGGUCGAACGGCUACCGGAGCACGUGGGGACAUCUUGCUUCGCCUCCACUGGCAAAUCCAUCAAGCACAAAGUGUUCUUCGCAGCUGCCGACCUCUUCGACAAGAUAACAUCAGCCGCUAGAAGCAAGUACGAGAUCGGACCUCCAGAUAAAGACCUUUUGAGCUAUUUUCACGAGAAAAUUCAAGAGGUCAUUCCGCUUUUCCCUGUUCCAGACCAGAAAGAUGCUGAAAUGUUGCUCUUGAGUCUGUCAAACGAUGUGCGACAGACGUUAGGAACACCUCUGCGCUCCGUUCCCCUCAACAGGUACGGGAUGUACAAGGCCUUCCCUGGAGGUGUAGUCGCUGUGCAGCCAGGAAUGUCAAGGAUACUGAACCCAUUAUUAAAAGUCGUAUCACCUGAUCGGAUCAAAUACGGUAAAGUAGUCGAUAAGAUUAUGUGGACUCAGAAAAGUCCCGAUGGACCACGUGCGAUAGUUGCUACCAAAGGCAAUCUUUACGAAGAAGCGGACUAUGUUAUUGUAGCGAUACCGCUCGGCGUGCUCAAAGAGACUUGUGAAAGCAUGUUCGAUCCACCUUUACCCCAAGAAAAGCUAAAUGCUAUCAGGACUUUAAAAGUAGGGAAUUUGUCUAAAAUAGUACUCAAGUACAAGAAUCCAUUUUGGAUCAAAGGAGAAGGCUCCAUAAGGUUGGGCUGGACCAAGGAGGAAAUGGGAAGUCGCCGUCACUGGACGAACUGCAUCAGCACCAUCGAGGAGUGCCCCACGGCGAAUGACAUAUUGACCGUAAUGGUCUCUGGACCGGAAGCCGUUCAAGUGGAGUGUCUGUCAGACUGUGAGCUGGCCCAGGGGGUGACCUGUUUGUUGAGGCGAUUCCUGGAAAACUGGACGAUUCCAAUGCCUUGCAAGGUCUAUUGUACCAAAUGGAAGAGCAAUCCCUUCAUCAGGGGAGCCACCACCUUCUUGACGAUAGGUUCCAGCGAGAAGGAUCUCAUGAAGAUGGCGAGGCCGCUGGGAGAUCCUGGAAGGCCCCCGUCGGUCCUGUUCGCGGGAGACGGCUGUGUCCCGAACAUGAUGGGGCUGUGCUCGGCCAGGCUCAGCGGCCUCAUGGAGGCGGAAAGGAUCCUCAAGCUGACCAAGUGCUUCUGCGGCCCUCCUAAACCCUGAUUUCAGCCCGGCAAGAGCUGUUAGCGAUUCAAACAACAAAUCAUUAAAAGUAAUCAGUUGCUUCAAUUACAGUUGUUAUUUACAA